AUGGGAGAGGAGGGUGGAGGGAAAGUCUCUUGCCUUAUUUUUUUUACCUUUCAGCUGACUCCCUCUGCCUUCCAGAAGGAGAUGUCUCUCACUAUCAAGCAGAGGCUGGCCAGCACUCAGGAGAUGAAUCUGCCCCAGGUUGUCCAGCUUCAAGACAAGAGCGAGACCUCCAUCACAAGACAUGCCUCUGCAAUGUUCUCAGCAGUUUACCCAGACCACCGCUCACUUCAGCCUUUCCCACCAGAGGUGGUGUUUCAGAAUUACACCCCUGGCGAGGUCUGUGAAAUGCCAGUGGUUCUGAGGAACAGGGACCAGGAUUAUUUCCACCAGCUCCUCUGCAUCACCGAAAGGGAAGAGUUCAUUGUGCCAAUUUGUGCCAUUGGUGCCCGAGCCAUCCUGGACUUCCCUGACCUUCUGGACUUCUCGGAGUGUCCGGUCAAGUACAGCAGUGAGAAGACUCUGCUGGUUCACAACCUUGGUAACCGGACAGCUCGUUACCACCUCAGCACCCAGAGGCAGUAUCACAGGCUGUGUCGGCAGGAAAAGGACAAGUUAUCUGAUUUUCUGAAGGAGCGCAGAGUGGACACCACUCACCGAGAACACUCUGCUCUUCUCACCCGCACCAUCCAGAGAGAGAGGGCAAGGCUGCAAGGAGACCCCAUGCUGUUCAACAAUGACAUUUUCUCCCUUGAGCCAAAGGAGGGAGAGAUCAGGCCGAAUUGUUCAGCUGAAAUCAAUGUGUUCUUUAAGCCCCAAGCAGCCCGGGUCUAUGAGCAAGCAGUUUACUGCGACAUCUCAGGCCGUGAGACCAGGCUGCCCCUGCUCCUCAUAGGGGAAGGCAUUGGGCCCCAGCUCCACUUCAGCUUUGAGGAACUGGACAUCGGGGAGGUUUUUGUCAGAGCAGCCCACAGCUAUGAGAUGGGGAAGCUGAGGCACAUAGGCAUCUCUGGGGGCUUCGUGGUGGAACCGACUUUCCAUUUUGAUGUGCCUGCCCUCCACUUCGGUGACGUCUCCUUUGGCUUUCCUCGCACCUUGAGGUGCUCCCUGUCCAACACCUCCCUGGCACCCAUGGCCUUCAACCUCUGUAUUCCUGAGGACAGCUUGGGAGAGGCCAGCAUUUGCAGCUCUCUUCAGAUAUUCAAAAUCACUCACCCGUCCUGGAGGAAGGGAGCUAAAGGAGGCUGUAAAAAGCUGGAAAAUUUCUCUGCCAGCUUUUCUAGCAUUUACACCUGCAGAGGGACCAUCCGCUCCCUGGGAUCCCAGGAUAUCGAGGCUGGCAAACGCUCACGCUGGAGGAUUGAACCCAGUAAAGGAGUGGUCCCCCCUAAGUCUGAGGUGUCUCUGAUUGUCACAGCAAACCUGGAUGACACAGAGAAAUUCCAGGACAAGGUGAAGGUGUUCAUUGAGAACAGCCAUAUGGACAUCAUCCCUGUCCAGGCUGUGGGCACCGGCACCACAAUUGUCACUGAUAAACUGUUUACUCCAGAGCUCAAGUUGGGACCCCACUUCAGGCAGGAGAUCUCUCAGCUCCUGCUUCUCCUGCGGGCUCAGCAAGGAGCAGUUUUGCUGUAG